AUGGCUGCACGCUCGACGGGGAUGGAGACCAGUUUGCAGGCGCCACACGCCGCCUCGAUUGGUAGAUUGGCGUGUCUGCUUGGCUUGGUCGAUGGCAUUCUCGCGUCCGUCCAUGGCAUUCGCGUCAUCGGGCACGCGCCUGUGAAGAUGCCGGUUCUGGCCUCCCCGCCACAAGACAAACAUGUGCCCUUCCUCUACGCCAUGCCCCAUCUAAUAGGACGGAUUCACUGCAAAUCGUUGUCCGCCGCGGAAAAGGGUCCACAAACCGUUGCCCGCUGUGCGUGGUGGGGUAAAACAAAGGCCCCGCUGACGUAG